GUAACUGCAGCUAAUCUUUAGAGAAAAACUUUAGCUGAAGAGAGAGGGUACGGAGUUUGCAUCUACUGUUUUUGUAGGUAGAGAAGAGGCCAAAACAGUAAUGUAAAAUAUUAACAAGAUUUAAUCAGAGACAGUCAGGAUGUCUCAGUGAAUAUCUUUUGCCAGCACACAGUUGGAUUUGCAUUGUGCAAAGGAAAUUUCAGAAAUGGCUGAGAGGGAAAACACAAACGGAAGAAAAAAGAAGCAACAAGGAGAUAAUCCUCCAAAAGGAGUUUGCCCUCCUGAGAAAAAAUCUCCGAAAAUAUGUGGUACAAAUUACCCUCUCAGCAUCGCCUUCAUUGUGGUGAAUGAGUUUUGCGAGCGUUUCUCCUACUAUGGCAUGAAAGCUGUUCUGACUUUGUAUUUUCUCUACUUCCUCCACUGGGAUGAGAAUACGUCCACUGCUGUGUACCAUGCUUUCUCAAGUUUGUGUUACUUUACACCUGUCAUUGGUGCAUUCAUUGCUGACUCUUGGAUGGGAAAAUACAAAACAAUCAUUUAUCUCUCUAUUGUCUAUGUGAUUGGGCAUGUGAUCAAGUCAGUCGGGGCAAUACCAAGUGUGGGAAACCAGAUUGUUCAUGUGGUUCUUUCAAUGACUGGCCUGACGCUGAUUGCUCUUGGAACGGGAGGCAUCAAACCCUGUGUGGCGGCAUUUGGUGGAGAUCAGUUUGAAGACGAACAUGUCCAGGAAAGGAGUAAAUUCUUCUCUGUCUUCUACCUGUCCAUUAAUGCAGGAAGUUUGAUUUCCACUUUCAUUACUCCUGUACUGAGAGGAGAUGUGAAGUGCUUUGGAGGAGACUGCUAUGCUCUGGCUUUUGGUGUUCCUGCUAGUCUGAUGGUUAUAGCACUUGUUGUGUUUAUUUCUGGAAAUGGGAUGUACAAAAAGAGUCCACCACAAGGGAAUAUCUUACUCGAAGUUUGGAAGUGUAUUUGGUUUGCUUUUACAAACCGGAUCAAAAAUCGUUCCCGACAGAUUCCCACGAGGGAGCACUGGCUGGACUGGGCAUCAGAAAAAUACUCAAGUCAACUGAUCACCGAAGUUAAAAUGGUGACAAGAGUCCUGUUCCUGUUUAUCCCCCUGCCAAUGUUCUGGGCUUUGUUUGAUCAACAGGGUUCUAGGUGGACACUGCAAGCCACUAAAAUGAAUGCUGACUUUGGAGGAUUUAUCCUUCAACCUGACCAAAUGCAGUUCUUAAACCCUCUCUUGAUUCUUGUCUUCAUCCCGGUUUUUGACUUUGGGCUAUAUCCCUUGAUAAACCUCUGCAAAUUUAAUUUCACACCCAUUAAAAAGAUGGCAACUGGAAUGAUUCUUGGGGGCCUGGCAUUUGCUGCUGCAGCUAUUGUUGAACUCAAGAUAGAGGAAAAUGCUAUGCCAGCACCAGUUCCAAAAGAAAGUUACAUUCAGGUCUUGAAUUUGGCAGACAGGGAUAUUGAAGUUGCAAUCCAAGAUUAUCACCUCUUUCAGCUGACAAUCAAACCUUUUCAGGACCCUGCUGAUUACUCCAAAUUAAUUCUGAACAGUGAUCAACAAAGUGUUCUUUUUAAGAUCCAGGACCAAGAAUCACCUUCCAUAUUUAAUCAUACUAUCCACGAAAAGUCAAUGUACAGCUUAAUUGUCUACAAGGCAGAAGGAAGCCUAACAAGCCACUUAGUUGAAGACCUGGGAGAAAAGCAAACAGAAGGAAUGACAGCUGUGAGAUUCAUUAAUACUUUGGACCAGGAUGUCAAUAUCACUCUUGGCAAUGAGGAGUUUGUCAGUGUUAACAAAAGUUAUGGUGUUUCAAGCUACAAGACCCUGACACGGGGAAGCUACAACAAUGUGAAAUGCCAAGUGGGAGCAGAAGAAUUCAUCCUGCAUCUAGGCCUGCUUGAUUUUGGAGCAGCAUACACUGUUGUUAUAACAAAUACUUCUGCAAAGACUAUCCAAGCAUGGAAGACAGAAGACAUCAAAAGUAAUAAUGUCCAUAUUUCAUGGCAGAUCCCACAGUACCUAUUAAUAUCCGCUGGGGAGGUGAUGUUCUCCAUUACAGGCCUUGCUUUCUCUUAUUCCCAGGCUCCUGUCAGCAUGAAGUCGGUGCUGCAGGCAGGCUGGCUGUUAACAGUGGCCUUUGGAAAUGUUAUUGUGCUCAUUGUUGCCCAGGCUGCGCCUCUGGAACAGUGGGUCGAAUUUAUCUUAUUUGCUGGCCUCCUCUUCAUCGUGUUUGUAAUUUUCUCCAUCAUGGGAUAUUUCUACACUAGCCUGAACCCAGAAGAACUUAUUGACAAAGACAACGGUGACAAACAAGAGAUACCAAGCAGUACAAAUAUGAUUGGCCUUAUUAUAAAGAAAGCAGAGCUAUAAGGUGGCCUUGGAUGUUAGAGUGGGAGUUUUGUAUCCUUUUUCACACACACACACACACACACACACACACACACACACACACACCUACCUUGGUGAGGAAAUGGGUUUCUUUUCCAUAAUGGCCUUUCACAUUAUAUCUUAUUCUGGGAAAAGGAGAAAAUAGGCUCCAUUCACCAGAAAGCGCUGAUUGCAUGUAUACAGCUCCCUGGAAUGGCAACAUUAAAAAUAAAUAGUUUUAAAUCUG